CGUGGAUUUCCGUCACUGACACUGCAGUGUUUGUACCCCCAACUGCCUGUCUCACAUUGCUCUUCGCACUUAGAAACUAUGGGACGAGUUCGUGAAUUCCGCUCUGUGUGCGGGAUAGAGGAGUUGAGUGCCUUGAGCCAGCUUUCCAAAGCAGUCCUAGCAGAAUUCUUAGGUACUGCAAUACUUGUCCUGGUGGGAUGCGGCUCUUGUACUAUUGGAUGGAGUGAGGCUUAUUCUCCAACAGUUGUCCAGAUUGCAUUGGCCUUUGGUGUCACUGUGGCCACUGUUGCUCAAUGCAUCGGAGGGGUCAGUGGAGGUCACAUCAAUCCCGCCGUUACUUGCGCGAUGAUGGUUACUGGAAGAUGUUCAUUUCUACGCUCCGGGCUCUACAUUGUUGGUCAGUGCGCCGGAGCAGUAGCAGGAGCGGCACUUUUGAAUGUGCUAACUCCAGAUGCUCAGCGCGGAGACCUGGGGAUGACCAGGGUUCAUCCAGGAAUGACCCCAACACAAGGGCUGGGGGUUGAAUUCUGCAUCACAUUCGUUCUUGUUUUCACCGUUUUCGCUGCUUGUGAUGAAAGUCGCCUCGAUGUUCAGGGCUCCAUCCCGCUUGCUAUAGGAUUGUCCAUAACAGCUUGCCAUUGUUUCGCAGUAAGUACAAAAUUUUGAUGCACAGAGCAGAAA